AAAAAAAUCCUGAAAAGAGGCUCCUGUCAGAAUAUAAAAGGGAGCAGAUCAGAGAAGGAAUAGGAUCUGGAGAAUAAACCCAAUUAGUGGAAGAAAAUAAUUUCAUUAAAAAUGGAGGACAGAAGGUGAAAUCCUUUGGAUGUCUUAGAGAGACACACUUCCAUUUGUCCACAGGUCUCUCAUCUUUUAAGAGUUGCUACCAUUUCAAAGAUCCCGGUUCCUCUGAUAUAAUGAAUUGAAGCAAGUUAUAUCACUCCUCACUCUCCUGGGAAUGGGGUCCUUGUCCCCUCUUCUAUACUCAGCAUUCUUUCUCUUGAUCCAGUAAAGAUACCCAGCUUAAAAAACAGUGAGUCCUGCUUAUAAGGGAAAAAAGUAGAAAUUUGCCAUGAAGUGGCUGUCUCAUAAUUGAAUUCCCAGUAAUUCAUUACAACAUGUUUAUUUGAGUGUUUGCACUGUGCCAGGCACUGUUGUAGACACGGGAUACCCUGGAGAACGACAUAUGCAAAGUAAUGGCCUCUAAGAGAAUGCAUUCAGGUGCUCUUCAGCAAAGAAUCAGAAGUGGCUUCUUCAACUCAGACUUCAUCCUCUUUACUUCUUGUCCUGCAAGUCUGCACAUCCUAUCAUGGCGGUCAGCGUCUUUCUCACUGAAAUUGUCAGUCAGGGUCCCGGAAUGGACUUCCCUGAGCCCUGAGGACCAGGUGCGGAACUCACCUUUCAGAGGUUGGCAUUACAGGUCUGACUACAGGGGGAUAUGGUCAAUAUCUGGGGAGGCCCAUGUGUAUCUGUGGUUGAGAGGCUGAAGCUAUGGAGGCCCAGGACCCCUGUGCUGCUGGGACAGACCCGAUGAAUGUUACUUUCCCUUCAGUCUUUCAAAUUCCCUCAGGGUUGAUAAUAUGUGAGGAGGAUUCUCAGCAAACUUGCUGUCCUCAAGGUUACAUUUAUCAUAGAAAGGAAAGAGAUUGAAAUCAAAAGAUAAAGGACCGUGUUAAUACGGGAAUUGAAGAUGUGACUUUGUACUUCACCUGGGAGGAAUGGCAGCUUCUGGACCCGAUUAGGACCUGUACAGGGACGUGAUGUUGAGAACUACAGCCACCUGGUGUCAGUGGGGUAUCAAGCCAGCAAACCAAACACAUUCUUCAAGCUGGAAUGAGGGGAAGAACCCUGGACAAUCGAAGACAAAACCCACAGUGGAACCUGUCCAGGUUUUGACAAGAGAUAAGAAAAGAAUGAAGAAAGAGGAGGUUCCAGGACCUCGAUGUUGUCCUUUCUGGGAACACUUUCAACUGGAGAGUGAGAUUUUUAACUAGAAAUUUAGGACAUACCAAGAGAAGACAAAGACGAGUAUACCAGCUGCUGGCCAUUUCCCCAAACAGAAGGAAAUGACCCAGGCCCAGGAACCGCUGACACUGGAGGAUGUGGCCGUGGACUUCACCUGGGAGGAGUGGCAGCUCCUGGGCCCUGAUCAGAAGAUCCUGUACAGGGACGUGAUGUUGGAGACCUAUAGCCACCUCUUGUCAGUGGGGUAUCAAGUCAGCAAACCAGAUGCUCUCUCCAAGUUGGAACUAGGGGAAGAACCGUGGACAAUAGACAAUGAACUCCACAGACUAGUCUGUCCAGACACUGGAAAAGUUGAUUAUCUCCAGGAUCACUGGGAAAAUCAAAGAAUGUUGAAAGGUAUGGAACAAAAGCACAAACAAGAUACAUUUGGAAAUAUUGUUCCUCAAAGCAAAAGGCAUUUUCCUUUCAGGCAAAAUCAUGGUGUGUUUGACUUCUACAUGAAAACUCUGAAAUCAAAUUUAAGUUUAGUCAAACAGAGUAAAAGCUAUGAAACUAAGAACUCUGCUAAGUUAAAUGGAGAUGGAAAAUCAUUUCGGCAUGGCAAACAUGAUUUUCAUCUUGCAGUUAAAUUUCCUGUCAGUGCAAAACCCAUUAGCAAUAAGUCCCAGGUCAUUAAGCAUCAGGGAACUCAGGAGGUAGAGAAAGCCCAUGUGUGCAGUGAAUGUGGAAAAAGCUUUGCUAAGAAGUCUCAGCUCACUGAUCACGAGAGAAUUCACACAGGAGAGAAACCUUACAGAUGUAGUUUGUGUGCAAAAGUCUUCUCCAGAAAGUCCAGGCUCAAUGAUCACCAGAAAAUUCAUGAAAGUGAGAAAUCCUUUAUAUGCAGUGACUGUGGCAAAGUCUUCACCAUGAAGAGCCAUCUGAUUGAACACCAGCGAACUCACACUGGAGAGAAACCCUAUGUGUGCAAUGAAUGUGGAAAAGGCUUCCCAGGGAAGCGUAAUCUCAUUGUACAUCAACAAAAUCAUACUGGAGAGAAAUGCUAUGUCUGUGGUGAAUGUGGGAAAGGCUUCACUGGGAAAAGCAGGCUCAUCAUACAUCAGCGAACUCAUACUGGAGAGAAACCCUACACCUGCAGUGACUGUGGGAAAGCUUUCACCACGAAGCACUAUGUCCUCAUACACCAACGAAAUCAUACAGGAGAGAAACCAUACGUAUGCAAUGAGUGUGGGAAAGGAUUCACCAUGAAGAACCGUCUGAUUGAACACCAGCGAACUCACACUGGAGAGAAACCCUAUGUGUGCAGUGAAUGUGGAAAAGGCUUUACCAGGAAGAGUAACCUCAUUGUGCAUCAGAGAAAUCAUACGGUAGAGAAAUCCUAUGUAUGUGACAAAUGUGGAAAAGGCUUCACGGUGAAGAGCAUGCUUAUCAUACAUCAGCGAACGCAUACUGGAGAGAAACCCUACACCUGCAGUGAGUGUGGGAAAGGCUUCCCCUUGAAGAGUCGGCUGGUUGUACAUCAGCGAACACAUACUGGAGAGAAACCAUACAGAUGCAGUGAAUGUGGGAAAGGAUUCAUCGUGAAUAGUGGGCUGAUGUUACACCAGCGAACUCAUACUGGAGAGAAACCCUAUAUAUGCAAUAAAUGUGGAAAAGGUUUUGCCUUUAAAAGCAACCUUACGGUACAUCAGCGGACUCAUACUGGGGAGAAACCCUUUUCGUGCAGUGAAUGUGGAAAAGGCUUCACCAUGAAACGCUAUCUCCUCGUACAUCAGCAAAUUCAUACAGGAGAGAAAUCCUAUAUGUGUGGUGAAUGUGGAAAAGGCUUUGCCAUGGAAACUGAGCUCAUUUUACAUCAGCAAAUCCAUACUGGAGAGAAACCUUAUGCGUGCAAUGCAUGCGGGAAAGGCUUUGCUGUGAAAAGUCGUCUAAUUGUCCAUCAACGAACUCACACAGGAGAGAAACCUUUUGUGUGCAGUGAAUGUGGGAAGGGCUUCUCUUCAAAGAGAAAUCUCCUUGUACAUCAGCAAACCCAUUCAGGAGAGAAAUCCUAUAUAUGCAGUGACUGUGGGAAAGGGUUCACCGUGAAGCGCUACCUGAUGGCCCAUCAGCGAACACAUAGUGGAGAGAAGCCUUAUGUUUGCAACGAAUGUGGGAAAGGCUUCACUGUGAAGAGCAAUCUAAUUGUGCAUCAGCGAACUCACACAGGGGAGAAACCCUAUGUAUGCAGUGAGUGUGGGAAAGGCUUCACCAUGCAACACUAUCUUGUUGUACAUCAGCGCACACACACUGGAGAGAAACCCUAUGUAUGUGAUGAAUGUGGAAGAGACUUCACUGUGAAGAGUAAUCUCAUUGUCCAUCAAAGAUCUCAUACAGGGGAAAAAUCUUAUAUAUGCAGUGAGUGUGGAAAAGGCUUCACCGUGAAGCGCAAGCUCACUAUACACCAGCGAACUCAUACAGGAGAGAAAUUGUACAUAUGUGAGGAAUGUGGAAAAGGCUUCACCACUAAGUGCACCCUCAUUAUACAUCAGCGAACUCACACAGGAGAAAAACCCUAUGAAUGCAAUGAGUGUGGGAAGGCCUUCAGCCAGAAAAUAAGCCUCAGACAACAUGAGCGAUGUCAUACGGGAAAGACACCCUUUGUAUGUAGUGAGUGUGGAAAACAAUAUUCUCACAAGUAUGGUCUCAUUACCCAUCAGAGAAGUCACACAGGAGAGAAACCUUACGAGUGCAAGGCAUGUGGGAAAGCCUUCGCCACAAAGUCAGUCCUCAAUGUCCACCAAAGAACUCACACAGGAGAGAGACCCUAUGAGUGCAGCAUUUGUGAGAAAGCCUUCUCCCAAUUGUCACACCUUGUUAAACAUCAGAAAACGCACACCCGAGAAAUGGGUAGAUUCGCUCAAGCUGAAAAUUCUUUUAAUGGAGAGUCACGGUCAUUACCUGGGAGUGAAGUCAUGCGGAACAACACACCUAUUAAUGCAAUUUCUGUGGAAUGCCUUCUGGGACAACCAGGACCUCAUUAAACAUCAGUGUUUCUAGCAGAUCAGAAUGCAAACAUGGUAAUGCCUGUUGUUAAACCUGUGCCCUGAGGAGAUUAAGGAAUUUACCCGGGAGAUUAACUUGGUGAGGACAGUGACUGUGGUAGUGCCUUGAGUGAUCCUUACCUCACAUUUUCUGUCAGUGAAAACAUGUUGGAAAAACUCUGAUAUGUCCAAUGUGAAGAUGCCUUUCCAGCUUCAUUAUAUGCCUCAACAAAACUUUCUGGCUUCAAUAUACGUAUGAAAAGUGCAUAUUGAGACAAAUUCUGUGUAUACAGAGACGAGGAAAGCUUUCAGUGGGAAGAUAGACUUUAUUAUCAGGGAUUGUCAUAGAUCAUCGGUGUGUUCAUUGUUCGUAGAAGUAUGAAAAACAGACAAACGAUAAAAAACAAAGAAAUGUGGUAACCAUGGCAAAGCCUCUACCCAGAAAGAAGACCUCAGUGAGAGUCACAGUUCACACUGGAGACAAACUUUAAGAGAACUGCAUUAUAUUUGACAAUUUCACUGAUGCAUUCUAACCCAUUGUUUGAAAAUCAUAUAGAAGUGAAGGCUUUAUGAACAUGCUAAAUUUAGAGCACUUUUAGUAAAUAUCAGAGAACUUACAAAGGAAAGAAGUUCUAUGAAAAGGGAUAAUGUUUGAGUGGGUUUUUGUUUUUGUUUUUUAAAGACCAAACUGUGCUACACCACUGGUGGUGGUGGUUUCUAUUUUGAAUCUGUACCAAUGGUCCUCAAACUUCAACAUGCUCCGUUUCUUUUAAAUAUUUUUUUCAUUGAUUUCAGAGAGGAAGGGACAGGGAGAGAGAGAGAAACAUCAAUGAUGAGAGAGAAUCAUUGAUCAGCUGCCUCCUGCACGCCCCCUAUCUGGAAUCGAGACGGCACAACAAUGGGAAUCGAACCAUGACCUGGUUCAUAGUUCAACACUCAACCACUGAGCAACAUCAGCUGGGCUGAGUGUUCUCUGUUAUAAGCCUAACUUCAUUUCAUUUUACAUUAGAUAAUUCACCUGAUAAAAACUAGUGUGCUUUCCUCACUCCUGAUUAAUUUUUACUGUUAAAUGCAACAUAGGAGUGUUCUAUGACCUCAUACGAUUAGCUCUCACCUUUCUUUGGCUCGAAAUUUAAUUGUAAAUUUAUCAUACAGAAAUAGUUUAAAAGAAAACAUUUUAAAUUUAUAAAUAUAACAUUUAUACUUACCCAAUCAAGUUUAUAAGUAUGGCCAAAUAUUUUAUAAAACCACCUUCAAAGUUAUUUUUAUAAAAUGUUAAAUAUGAAAUUAUUUUAACUUACAAGAAAUUGCAAAACAGUCCAUAGACUUUCCUAGUAUUCUUUACCAAGCUACUCCCAGUAAAAACAUCUGAUAAAACCAUUUUUUAUUGAAUCCAGAAAAAUGACAUUGGUAGUAUACUGUUAAUGAAACUCUUAACCUUAUUUGGAUUCUAUUAGACUUUACAUGUAUUUUUUUUAAGUUUGUAAUUCUAAGCUUUAUUACCUUAUAUAGAGCCACAUAACCACAACCGUGAUGGAAAAUUGCUUAAUCCACAGACUCCCCCGUGCUAAUGUUUUUUAGGCUCAUAUCCUCUAUCUAAACCUACCUCUGGCAAACACUUGACCUGUUUUCCAUCAGUUUAAUUUUGCAUUUCAUGAAUGCUAUAGGAAUCAUUUUUAUAAUUGUAUUUUAUACGUUUUAUAUAAAUCAAUUGUAUUUAUUUAUACAAAUUUAUAAUGUUUUACUAAUGGGGACCAUGUAAGCAUUUCGUGUUUUUGUCACUUGGCAAAUUGCUCUUAAUUGAGUUGAGAAUAGUUUUCUUUUUAUUAGUGAGUACAUACAUACACUGGAUAUACCAGUUUGUUUAGCCAUUCAAACUCGUGAAAGAUUUGUAUUGUUUACUGGUUUCAGCUGUUACAAAUCAUAAUGAUGCUAUGAA